AUGCAACUCUGGAUUUUCCUAUUUUUGCUAAAUUUUUGGCAAAUUAAUGGACAAUUAUCAAAGCAAAAAUGCCAAGAAUACGGUAAGUUAGUUUACGAAUCAGAAAGUUCCCCAACUCUCCAUCUCGAGGCAUCGUCAAAUUCCGUCUCGAAAUGCGGCAUUGUCGAAACCCCGUUGAUAGUUGCGGGCACCAAAGCCAAACUCGCUGAAUUCCCUCACAUGGCGCUCAUCGGUUAUGGAUCUCCCGUCGCUGGAUGGCAUUGCGGCGGCUCAAUUAUCAGCGAAACUGCGAUUUUAUCCGCGAGUCAUUGCAUUUCGCAUCCCACAGAUGGUGCUGCAAGUGUCGUUCGUGUCGGAAUUGUGAAACGAGAUGACACUGGCGGCAUGCAAGAGUUAAAAAUCUCGAAAAUCAUCGCGCAUCCGGACUACAAAUCGGAUAUCAAGUAUCAUGACAUCGCUUUGUUCAAGUUGGCGUCGAAAAUUGCCUUUAAUGCGAACAUUCGUCCGGCUUGUUUGAACACGGAUCCAAAUUUGGCGUGGGAAAAGGCGAUUGUCAUUGGAUUUGGGCAAGUUUCGUCAGAUGGACCGACGUCAGAGCAUCUCAUGAAAGUCUCGUUGAGCAAUUAUCCGAGGAAUGAGUGCGAAAAAACGUACAAAGAUAAUGCUGGAAUGCCGCAGGGACUGUUGGAGAGCCAAUUUUGCGCCGGAGAAGUUGCUGGCGGGAAAGAUUCGUGUCAAGGAGACUCGGGAGGUGCCAUUCAAGUCGUAUUGAAGGACCCUUAUUGCAUGUACAGCAUCAUUGGCGUCGUUUCGUUUGGCAAAAUGUGCGCUUUUGCGAACAGUCCGGGGAUUUAUACGAAAGUGGCGAGCUAUAUUCCGUGGAUUGAACAAAAUGCCUUCAAUUAA